UGAGCCCAUCCAUUUAUAAAAAGAAAUGGUUUUAUCUGUGUUCAACACUUUGGAAAGCAGUACCCAGCUUCCUAAGAUUGGCUGAAAUGUCUUUACACCACUCCAUCCUCUUUAUUUGCAGGAAAAAAUCUGAAACUGAUUAUGGAGCAACAAGGCCAUGUGGAAUGGGAAAAUGCUGAAUUCUACCCUGGUUGGAAAGGAGUGAAAGCCAGGUUGACGCCCAAGAAACUCUUGCAGCAAUGGGGGAAGGGACUCUCCGAGGCUCAGCAGAAAGAGGCCCAGUACUUGUUCCUGGAGUUUGGUUACAACGUGUUCCUCAGUGACCAGUUGCCAUAUAACCGAAGCAUCCCUGACACCCGCCACGCCAGGUGUCUUCAGAAGACAUAUCCUGCCCAACUGCCAUCCCUCAGCGUCAUCCUCAUCUUCAUGAAUGAAGCUCUAUCCAUCAUCCAAAGGGCUAUCACCAGCAUCAUCAACCGGACUCCUCCUCAGCUGUUGAAGGAGAUCAUCCUCGUGGAUGAUUUUAGCUCGCACGGAGAACUGAAGGCACGGCUGAACAAGACAAUCAAGCUUUACAACCAGAACUAUCCAGCCCUACUGAAACUUAUAAGGCACACAGAGAGAAAAGGUCUCGCUCAAGCCCGCAACACCGGCCUGGGAGCUGCUACAGCGGAUGUGGUUGCCAUCUUGGAUGCUCACAUUGAAGUGAACGUUGGAUGGGCUGAGCCCAUUUUGUCUCGGAUUCAGGAAGACCACACUGUGGUUGUGUCUCCUGUGUUUGACAAGAUUGACUUCAAUACAUUCAAGCUGGAAAAGUAUGAACUGGCAACAGUUGGGUUUGACUGGAAGCUGUGGUGCCAGUAUGAUCCUGUACCACAAGCCUGGAUUGAUGCGGGUGAUGUCACUGCCCCAGUGAAGAGUCCGUCCAUCAUGGGCAUCCUGGCCGCCAACAGGAUCUUCUUGACAAAGAUUGGGGCUCUGGAUGGUGGGAUGCUGGUCUACGGAGGAGAGAAUGUGGAACUUAGCCUGAGGGUGUGGCAGUGUGGAGGGAAGAUUGAGAUCUUACCCUGCUCUCGGGUAGCUCACCUGGAGAGAUACCACAAACCCUAUGCCAUGGACCUAAGGAUUCCUUUGCGGCGGAACGCUCUGAGAGUGGCUGAAAGCUGGAUGGACGAACACAAAUACAUGGUCUACUUGGCCUGGAACAUGCCUAUCAAGAACUCUGGAAUCGACUAUGGAGACAUUUCUUCCCGAAAGGCACUCCGGGAGAAACUGAAAUGCAAAACCUUUGACUGGUACCUGAAAACUAUCUACCCACUUCUGAAGCCAAUCCCCAACAUUGUCUGCUAUGGAAGAAUAAAAAAUUCAUUGGAUGAAAGUGUUUGCCUGGACAGAGGACCUGUUCCAGGCAACUCUCCCAAAGUGAAACCUUGCAGUGAGUUCAGCGCACAGAGUAUGUAUUACCUCUUCUCUGGGGAAUUCUACGUGGGGGAACUAAUCUCAAAAGAAGACAUCCAUGAACAAUACUGCCUGACGGACUCUGGCCAUGGGGAGGACCCCACAUUGGAGCUGUGUUCUCAGGCAGCCCAAAGAGGGCAGCACAUCUACUGGGAUUUUCGACAGGGAAAAUCCAUCAAAAACAAGGAUACCGCACGGUGUCUGGAGAUCAGAAAGGACCCCUCGGGUUCCUACAGGCUUGUGUUAGAGAGCUGUACCCAACAGACAUGGAAAAUACAGCAUAUAGUCAGAAACUGGGGGCACUAACUGCCAGCGAGCCCCAAAGAUGUGGAUGUGGGGAGCUGUUUCUAAGACCCACAGUGCUUCCUGCACUGGGAGAGGAGAAGAGACAGACACGUGUUUGUCUGCUGUGACUUCAGCGAGUAGUUUACAGAGGUGAGGCCUGAGCACAUGUCGGAGGGUCUGCUGGGGAGAGUGGUGGAAACUCUGAAGUCUCGUCCCAAGCUUGCCUCGAGAGAUCGUGAUAGGCAUCAAGCGCCAUUCCGGGAAAUUUCUCAAAAUAGCCAGCAUCAUCUGGCUGAGCUUCGGAGCAGAGAGAGGGAUGAAAGUUUAUCUUUGAUUUCCACCAACGCUGUUUAGCCUUCAUUCCUGACAGCUACUACCACCACCUGCCUCACACCUCCUCCCUGCUUCUCUGCUCCCCUCCCCAGACUGUCGUGGGCUGGGCCAUGUGAGAGGCUGAAUCCUCUUCAUUCCAGAAGCCUGACAGCUACCCAGGUGGCCUCCAUUCCCUCCCUGUCUGGAUUAUCCCGAAAGAGGCAGCAGGCAGAUAAGUAACUUUCUGAAAGCCCUCUACCACACCCUCAGUGUAGAGAGAACUGUGUUAUCUGGAUGGCCAGUGUCUCCCACUGCGGCCUGGUCACACAGACGAGAGAAAGGGGAGGAUCCUGUGUGUGUGUGCUGUAGGCGCCAGGGGUCCCCUGUAGAGUGGCCUCAGAUGUAUGGAAAGACAUUUGGCUCCACUCCCAGUGGGGAGCUACCCAAAGGUGCACAGAGGUAAGUCUCCACAAAUCGUACCACAGCACAUUCUGUGGGCAGGAAUGUGGGAAACAGGUCAUCUCACACAUCCGUGGCAGGGUUUGAAACUGGUGCCAGCUUCCUGGUGGGCUAAUUGGCAAGAUCUAAAAAUAGUAUUUGUGCAUUUUCUCUUGGUGCCAAGAAUUCCACCUCUAGAAAUGUACCUCCAAAGUUAGGAAAAUGGACUACCGAGACGGACAGCGCAGAGGGUAAAGGCAUUGGCUGCCAAGCCUGACAACCCGAGUUUGUUCCCGGGAUGCUGCACAGUGGAAGGAGCGAACUGACUCCUGAAAGUUGUCCUCUGAGCCACCCACACAUGGGUGCACACAUACAAAACACUAGAUGCAGCAGACAUGCAUGAGGUAUAAAAACAAAUGUAAAGAGGGUAAGAAAAUGUUCAUGCACAUAGUAGUCCCUGGCAGUAUCAGUUCUAAGUGAAAACCGUUGGAGGUGAACUUCAUGCCCAAGCAUCAGAACAGUCCGUCAGAGACAUCCACACAGAGGGUUGUCUGUACAGCUGUAUAAGCCAGCAAGCAAUGUCUGUGACUGAUGUGCAAGGAGGAGCUGUGUGUCAUGUUAAGUUAUAAAAAAAAGAAAAACAAGUGUGUCUUGCAGAUAUCUUUUGAUAAAAGCAAAGGGGGACAUGUGAUGUUCAUUUCUACACAGCAAAAACAAAACAGAGACGCCUAAAGCUGGAUGUGGAGGUUCCUAAUUGUAAUCCUAGCACCUGAAAGUGUGAGGCAGGAGGAUUGUGAGUUUGAAGCCAGUUUGUGCUAUGCAACAUGAUCCUGUAUAAAAAAAAAAGAACAGGAGGAGACAAAACAAACUAAGAAGACUAAAGGAGAAACUAAUGAAAUCUGGUGGCAAUGGGUGGUGGCUGGCUGGAUGAUGUAAAGGACUGGACUGGAGCUAGAAACAUAACUGAAGGAAUGUGUGUCCAGGGGCAGCUCUCCUCUAAAUAUAGGCUUAUAUAGCUUUGACAUUUAGAGCAAUGCUUCAAAAUUAAAUUACAUAAAAUCAGAGACAAAAACCUCAAAUGGAUUAUAAACAAAAAGUGAAUCUCACAUAUUUAUUUUCUAUUUUUAUUGUUUAA